AUGCGGGGGAUUGACGAUGAAAAGCACCGGGAAUAUUUUCGGAUGUCGUCAGCUUCAUUUGACGAUAUUUUGCGACGGAUUUCCCCGCUGCUUCAGCACCAGACCACACACAACACUUGUGUGACCGCCGCAGAGCGGCUGGCCGUCACCCUGCGCUUCAUGGCGACCGGGAUGAGCUAUCGAGCUUUAGCAGCCAGUUACAAGCUUGGAACAGCCACCGUGGGACGUAUCGUGUCUGAAGUAUGCCAGGCUAUCUGGGCUGCUCUAAAGGAUGACUUCGUGGCCCACCCCAGGAUUGAUGCUUGGUCUAAAAUAAAAGAAGAUUUCAGUGAGCUGUGGCAGUUCCCCAACUGUGUCGGAGCCAUCGAUGGCAAGCACGUCCGGAUCCGUGCUCCAGUCAACAGCGGGAGUGGUUUUUUUAACUACAAGGGCUACUUCAGCAUCAUCCUGAUGGCGGUGUGUGAUGCCAGGUACCGAUUCACUGUUGUGGACGUAGGUGCUUCUGGGCGUGAGAGUGACUCAGGGGUGUUCACAAGAAGUGCCUUUGGGUCCCAGCUCAUCCAGGGGGACCUUUCCCUACCACCACCAUCUGCCCUACCUGGAAGUGAGGUGCUCUGUCCUCCAGUCUUUGUUGGUGACGAGGCAUUCCCUCUAAAGACUCAUUUGAUGCGACCAUAUUCAGGCACCAACUUGUCAGCAGAGCAGCGCGUCUACAACUACCGCCACUCCAGAGCACGAUGAGUGGUGGAGAACGCCUUUGGCAUCCUGGCUGCACGGUGGAGGGUGUUUGGGAAGGCCAUGGAGUGCAGUGUGGAGACAGCAGAAGUGGUGAUAAAGGCGUGUGUUGCUGUCCACAAUUAUCUCUGUGGUCUGGACCGGUCUGAACAGGCCAGGUACAUCCCCAGCACCUUUGUGGAUUCCACAAAUGGCCAGGGUGAAUGGAGGGAGCAGGUGGCAGGAGAUACCAACCUCCUCCCCACAGGACGCCUCUCUGCUGAGCGGGCAACGAAACUAGGUUGUGAGGUGCGGAACCACCUCAUGAACUAUUUCCAGACGGAUGCAGGCAGGAUGGCUCACCAGGACACUGUGCUACGCAGAGGCACACUACAGCGACUUUAGAUAGAUUUUUGCAGUAUUGUUUGAUAGCAUUUGAAUCCGCUGGUCAUUUUAUGAUCUGUUUAGGCUCUUUUAUGUUUAAUGUUACUUGUUAAAGCCUAGAUUUAAGUCAGCAAUAACUUUAAAUCUCUUGUUUAUGUCCAUUACUAAAUGUUCAUAUUUAUAUUUUGCACUUUUUAGUAAUUUUUUAUUUCUAGAACUAUAAUAAAUAAAUUAU